GUGUGGUGGGGGAGGCAGAGCCAACGGCAGAGUCCCGGGUAAAGAAAAUAGGGGUUUUAGCAGAGUCCUCCUCUUUCCCUAUAUAGCCGCCACAACUUUCCUUCAUUCUUCCCACAACUCUUUCUUUCUGCACCCCUUUCACCCUCACCGCUCACAUUCUUCUUCUUCUUCUUCUCCUUCUUCGUAUAACUCAUUGCUCACUCAUAUUCUCAUUCAUACACAAAAGGCAGGGGAAGUUGUGAAAGAAGAGAUGAAGUAUGUUCUUGUGACUGGAGGGGUUGUUAGUGGGCUUGGGAAAGGAGUGACUGCAAGCAGUAUCGGUGUUCUUCUUCAGGCGUGUGGUCUUCGUGUCACUUCGAUCAAAAUCGAUCCAUAUUUAAAUAAAGAUGCGGGAACAAUGUCUCCUUUCGAGCAUGGUGAAGUUUUCGUAUUGGAUGAUGGGGGAGAAGUGGACUUGGACCUAGGAAACUAUGAGCGGUUUCUGGAUGUCAAGUUGACGCGUGAUAAUAAUAUCACUACCGGAAAGAUUUACCAGUCGGUCAUUGAUAAAGAGAGGAAGGGGGAUUAUCUUGGAAAAACGGUUCAGGUUGUUCCCCACAUCACCGAUGCCAUUCAAGAUUGGAUCGAACGAGUGGCUGCGAUACCCGUAGAUGGAAAAGAAGGCCCACCUGAUGUGUGCGUUAUUGAAUUGGGCGGUACUAUAGGGGAUAUUGAAUCAAUGCCAUUUAUUGAGGCUCUCGGUCAAUUCUCAUACCGUGUUGGUGCUGGAAACUUUUGCUUGAUACAUGUCAGCCUUGUGCCUGUUCUAAACGUUGUUGGUGAACAAAAAACAAAACCAACCCAACACAGUGUUCGGGGAUUAAGAAGCUUGGGAUUGACUCCAAACAUAUUAGCUUGUCGCAGCACAACGGAAUUGGAUACAAAUGUGAAGGAGAAACUCUCAAGAUUUUGUCAUGUCCCGGAGGAGAACAUAGUCACUCUAUACGAUGUUUCCAACAUAUGGCAUAUACCUCUACUCUUACGUGACCAAAAAGCUCACGAGGCGAUAUUGAAGGUGUUGGAUUAUCCUUGUAUCACAUCUAAACCCGUGUUGGGAGAAUGGACGGCUAGGGCACAAGUUUGUGACAAGCUUAAUGAACCGAUUAGAAUUGCCAUGGUGGGGAAGUACACAGGUCUUUCAGAUUCAUACCUUUCUGUACUAAAGGCUUUGUUGCAUGCAUCGGUCGCUUGCAGAAGAAAAUUAGUCAUCGUUUGGGUGUCUGCUAGUGAUCUUGAAGACGCAACCGCCAUUGAAAACCCUGAUGUUCACAGAGCCGCUUGGGAUUCUUUGAAGUCUGCGGAAGGCGUUCUUGUUCCGGGCGGUUUUGGCGACAGGGGUGUGGAAGGGAAAAUCAUUGCAGCAAAAUACGCGCGUGAAAACAAUAUCCCUUAUCUCGGUAUUUGUUUAGGAAUGCAAACUGCUGUGAUCGAGUAUGCACGAUCUGUUCUUGGUCUUAAAGAUGCAAACAGCACCGAGUUUGAUCAAAAUACUAAAAACCCGUGUGUUAUAUUUAUGCCCGAGGGUUCGAAAACUCAUAUGGGCGGUACUAUGCGGCUUGGAUCCAGGAGGACGUAUUUUCACGUCACGAACUCCAAAGCUUCACAGCUGUAUGGUAAUCAGAGGUUCAUAGAUGAAAGGCAUCGUCAUCGAUAUGAGGUGAAUCCCGACAUGGUGUCGCAGCUAGAAAAGGCUGGUCUGAGUUUUAUAGGCAAGGAUGAAAGCGGUCGGCGUAUGCAGAUCAUUGAACUUGGUAGUCACCCGUAUUUCAUUGGCGUUCAGUUUCAUCCUGAGUUUAAAUCCAGGCCAGGAAAACCUUCUGCACUUUUCUUAGGGCUUAUAGCAGCAGCUAGCGGGCAGUUAGAUGCGCUGCUAAAGAAAAGUGUCGGUACAAAGGCCAACGGAUUCACCAAUGUUAUGUCAGCAGGGUCACCACAUAGGUAUGGAAACGGGAUCAAUGGCAUCCAUAGCAACGGAAAUAGCAACGGCUUGCAUGCUUGAAACAAGAAGCUAAUAAUCCGCGACGGGUUUUGUUUUGUUUUGGUUUUUGAGUUGGGGUUUUGUAUAUCAAUGUUGGGUUCUUUUUUUCAUAAUGGAACAGCAGCCUUUGUAUUAGGAAAAAAUUCUAGGAAGUUGGAAAUCUAUGUGGUCAAAGGUUGGUUUCAUUGCAGUUGGUGCUUGGACAAGUUUUAAUGUUAACACCCAAGGACAUGUUUGGCCUGCCAGAAAAAAAAAGAUAGCAUAAUGGAUAUGAACCUUUCUGAGUUUUUUUAUAAGGGUU